AUGGAGGUCGUACCAUCAAGCGGGAGCCGCAUUCUCGUGGCGUUCUUUGCAACUGUCUUCUGGGGAAUGGGUGUCAGAGGUCUUCACAAUCUGGAGAUCAACGUCCCCAACGCAGUUCUGGUUGGGGAAACAGUCACACUAGAAUGUAGCUGGCAGUUAGAAGAUGAAGAAGCAUUAUAUAGUGUGAAGUGGUACCGAGGGAGGGAAGAAUUCUACCGGUACAUUCCCAAAGAACUACCACAUACCAGAGUAUUUCCACUACCAGGAAUCGAAGUAGAUAUAUCAAGAUCGGGUGCUCGUCGCGUGGUUUUACAGCAGGCGACGCCUGCAAUGGCGGGUCGAUUCCGUUGCGAAGUAUCUGCGGAUGCACCGACCUUCCACACGGAAAUACGAUCUGCACCUUUAGAAGUUGUCGAGGCUCCGGAGUGGGGUCCAAAAUUGGUGUCAGACCGGUCAUGGUACGGCGUGGGGUCUACGCUGCGAGCAACUUGUGCCUCGCCGCCUUCCCAUCCACCAGCCAACCUGACCUUCGCACUAAAUGGGCGUGAGAUCGACAUGGAGACUGUGAUACACGAGUUGCCGACAUGGUUCAAAUGGGAUCCUCCUCCGAAGGCUGAAACUACGACUACGGAGCAGCCAGAUGAUGAUGUAAACUUCAAUAUUUUUCAUGAUGAGGGAAAUAUACAGUACUUGGACGAGUCAUAUAUAAAUUUGCAUAAAGAGGAGAUCAGGAGGCCUUCGAAGGAGAGUUUGAAGCCAACGUUCGAGAGAACGGGUCCAGAUAACCGGCUGCCUUCUGUCGGGGACGUGUCGUUCGUGGUUCGGAACGAGGCGUUUGAGCGUGGCAGUCUCCGGCUGACCUGCAUAGCGAGCAUAUACAACUUGUACGCGGCACGCGCCGAACUAAUUUUCGAUAUGGAGCAACCAGAGGUUGCCUCCGUGCUAGGCGUCCGUAAUAGAGCAGUAGAUUCAACGAGACUUUGGCGAAUACCAACCACCCUCAUCCCACUGCUGUACAGUAUCCGGUAG